AUGGCCACCAAAGAUCUAGCCACCUGGGCCGUCUCCCUAACCACCCUCCCCACAGAAGUAACCCACGCCGCCCUCCGCAGCUUCUACAACUACAUCGGCUGCACAAUCGGCGGCAGCAACCACGCAGCCACAACAAUCGCCCUGAAAGCCCUUCUCCCCCUCUCAGGCCCCGCAACCUCAUCCCUCCCCGGAACCUCAACCUCAACCGACGCCCAACACGCAGCCCUCUUCAACGGCAUAGCCUCCCACGUCCACGACUACGACGACACCCACCUCGACACAAUAAUCCACCCAACCGGCCCCGUCGCCUCCGCCCUCCUCGCCAUAACCGAGACGCUACCCUACCAAGUCUCAGGCGCAGAAUUCCUCACCGCGCUAGUCGCCGGCAUCGAAGCAGAAUGUAAAAUCGGAUUGGCCGUUUGGCCAGCUCAUUAUGAUGUCGGCUGGCAUAUCACGUCGACGACUGGAUCGAUUGGUGCUGCUGUGGCUGUAUCUAAGAUCUUGAGAGUUGAUGUUGAGUGUAUGGCGCAUGCGAUUGGACUUGCGGCGACGCAGGUUACGGGGUUGAGGGUUAUGUUUGGGUCGCAUGGUAAAUCGUUUCAUCCUGGGCGGGCGGCGCAGAAUGGGCUUGUUGCGGCUUUGCUUGCGCGGGGUGGGUUUGAGGGUUCGGAGGGGGUGCUCGAGGCUAAGAGGGGGUGGGGGAAUGUUGUUGGGGGUGGACAUCGGUUGGUGGAGGAGAUUGGGGGUUGGGGGUUAGAUGGGAGAUUGUUAGGAAUGCUUUUAAGCCUUUUCCUUGUGGGAUUGUGGUUCAUCCUGUUAUUGAUGGGUGUGUUUGGUUGA